UCCUACAGCUCUCUCAUCCCGGCCAUGCGCUGAUAGAUUUUCCCCAGUCUUUUUCUGAUUUUGGUGUGAAUGAUAAAGUGAUCUGAUGAUGGCUCUCGUUAUGGAACCUAUUAGCAAGUGGACGCCCAAGCAAGUAGUGGAUUGGAUGAAAGGCCUUGAUGACUGCCUCCAACAAUACAUUAAAAAUUUUGAAAGGGAAAAAAUCAAUGGAGAACAGCUGUUGCACAUCACUCAUCAAGAACUUGAAGAACUGGGAGUCACUCGCAUUGGACACCAAGAAUUGAUCUUAGAAGCAGUUGAUCUGCUCUGUGCAUUGAAUUAUGGUUUGGAGACAGAAAACCUGAGAACACUCUCUCACAAGCUGAAUGCCUCAGCCAAAAAUCUUCAGAACUUUAUAACGGGUAGAAGGAGGAGUGGCCAUUAUGAUGGCAGGGCCUCCAGACGACUGCCAAAUGAUUUUCUUACCUCUGUUGUUGACCUGAUUGGUGCUGCAAAGAACUUGCUAGCCUGGCUGGACAGGUCUCCAUUUGUCAGUGUGACAGAAUACUCACUGCUGAAAAACAAUAUUGUUCAACUGUGCCUGGAAUUAACAACCAUCGUGCAACAGGAUUGCACAGUAUACGAAACAGAAAAUAAAAUUCUUCAUGUGUGUAAAACUUUGUCUGGAAUCUGUGACCACAUCAUCUCUCUCUCAUCUGACUCUCUGGUGUCUCAGUCAGCACAUCUUGAAGUAGUUCACCUUACUAGCGUUAUGCCCAGUGAGGGCUUGGGGAUGUAUAUCAAGUCAACAUAUGAUGGGCUGCAUGUAAUCACUGGGACUACUGAAAAUUCUCCUGCAGACCAGUGUAAGAAGAUCCAUGCAGGAGAUGAGGUGAUCCAGGUCAACCAUCAAACUGUGGUUGGCUGGCAGUUAAAGAACCUUGUAAAUGCAUUGCGGGAAGACCCAAAUGGAGUGAUCUUAACCUUGAAGAAACGUCCUCAAAACACCCUGGUUUCUGCUCCUGCACUUCUGAAGAAUGUGAGGUGGAAGCCUCUAGCACUUCAGCCUGUGAUUCCAACCAGUCCAACAAGCAGCUCCACAACACCAACCAGCACAAUGGGCAUGUCCACAAAAAUUGACAGCUCUGCUCUUCAGGACAUUUUCAUCCUCUCUCCCAUGUCAGGACUUUAUGGCCCAAGGGAUGAAAUUGGAAUAAUGUCUUGUGAUGACAUCAGCAAAUAUGGAAAGUCUGGAAUGAAAGGCUCCGAGUCACCUAGCUACUUUCUGGAGCAUGAAAGUGGAAAGUAUUACACAUUAAUUGAAGAUGAGGGCCAUCCAAUGGGCUCUGAGUAUGAGAGAGGCAGAACCACAGGAGUUCGAAGAAGAGAAAAGACACCCACUCAUGAGAAUUCACUCCUACGAUACCUGAGUGAUGACAAGAUCUUGGUGAUCCAAGAAGAGCCUUUGACACAGAAAGACAACAAGAGAGACACAGGCCGCAGGUCAAGGAAAAAGGGCAAAAACACAAGUAGUCCGAACUAUCCAAUUAGCCCAUCUGUGUUAACAUCUACAGUUAGCGUUAGGCUGGAACCUGGGCAGCAAGAUGUCCUGAAUUUCUCAUUAGCUGAAAGCAACACUGUUCCACUGUACCACUCUUUCCACUACGCUUCCCUGAGGGUAAAAACCAAAAAAUGGUCCAAAGGUAAACCAUUGGCUGGGAGCAGGAGGCGGAUUUCCUGCAAAGACUUGGGCCAUGGAGAUUGUGAGGGCUGGCUGUGGAAGAAAAAAGAUGCCAAAGGUUACUUUACACAGAAAUGGAAAAAAUACUGGUUUAUUCUGAAGGAUUCUUCACUGUACUGGUACACAAACCAGAAUGAUGAAAAAGCAGAAGGAUUCAUCAGUUUACCUGAGUUCAGGAUAGAUAGAGCCAUUGAAUGCAGAAGGAAACAUGCCUUCAAAGCAUGCCACCCAAAAAUUAAGAGCUUUUACUUUGCAACUGACUGUCUUGAAGAAAUGAAUAGAUGGAUGAACCGUCUGGGUCUAGCAGCCAUUGGUUAUACACCUGAUGACAAGAAUAUUCGGCCAGAUGAAGAUUACUGGAGUGAAAGUGACCAGGAUGAUAUUGAUGGCUCUUUAACCCUGAAACAGGAAGGCCCUUCAACACGAUGUGACACCUACCAUCGAACACCCUCAGUGAAUUCUUCAAGUCCAUUCCCUGAACCCAAACAUGGUCGACACUUUUCAAGCGAAUCUACCUACUCUUAUUCUUCUGCGGAGGAUUCCCGACAAGAUGCCACAGGAAGUACACACUCGUCAGGAUGCAGACCUCCCUAUCGAGAAAGGCGCUCAUGGCAGGACCUGAUAGAGACCCCCUUAACCAGUUCUGGCCUCCAUUUUCUUCAGACUGUUCCUCCUGACCCAGAAUACAUGAGUGGCCGACCUGGAAUGUCACCAGAGAGGCGAAGACAAGCAACAUUACCAGUCCAAAGACGUCACAAUCAUGAACGAGAUGGACCUUUCCCUUUGGUGGAGUGGCAAAGAGGAUAUAGUUCUCAUAACAGGCCCCAGAAGCAACGUAGUCAAAGCCUUCCACGAAACAGAGAUGUCAGGGUCAAAGGGCAUGUGAAGUCUUCAGGCAUAACAGAAGAGAAGCCUGAAGAGAAACUUCUUAUAAAAAAGCAAAAUAGUUUCUGUGAAGAAGAAAACAUAAAGGAAAUCAGGGAAAGUACAGAUGGUCUGCAAGAGCUGUACAAGUCUUUGGAACAAGCCAGCUUGUCAGCCUUUGGAGAGCAGCGUCCUUCUACCAAGCAGGAAUUCCGGAAGUCUUUUGUAAAGAGGUGCAAUGAUCCAAUUAUCAAUGAAAAACUUCAUCACAUCAGAGUUCUCAAGAGCACUUUAAAAGCAAAGGAAGGGGACCUGGUAACUAUCAACAAUCUUCUGGAUGAUCCUAACUUGACAUCAAAGAAGUUCAAAGAGUGGAAGAUAAAGAACUAUGAAUUUUUCCUGGACAUUUGUGAGUACAGCGCUGCUCUGAAACCUCAAAAUGGAGCCGCUGAACUUGUAACCCCCGCACCACUGCUGACACACACACAUUCAUUCAUUGAAACACAUGUCUGACAGGACUAGCACCAUGAACACUUGCUGGGUGCCAUGAGAAAUCCAAUAUGGCAAACUCUGUAAUAUUUGUAAAUGUACUCAGCAGUACUGUAAAUAACUUGUUUAAGAGAAUAGUGCCACAGGAUGCCUACUACAUUGCAUGAUAAGUAUUAUUCUGUUCUGAAUUAUUUUGUUUGCUAUUAUCAACCAACAUGCUUAUCAAGUUCUGCAUUAGAAAGAAGCAGUGCAGAAGUGUAAUGGAAAAUAUAUACCAGUAUAUUUAUUUAAGGACUGUACUAAAGCUAAGCUUAUAGUAAUGAGUUCUUACAACCAUUUUAUAUAUUUAGAUAUAUAGAUUAUAUGUAAACAUAUCUACAUAUAUAAAAGGUAACAUGGUAGUUUAUAUUUAUUUUUUAAAAUACCCUAAAAUUCACCUUUUCACAAGUUUUUCUUGAAGGAAAUAUAUAAAAAAAAUACACUGGCCACUCUUAGGGGUGCACAUUUUUUUCCAGCCUUUCCAAGCAGUGGUAGCUACCA